AGUGCUGUAACCUCACCACACUGACUGAAGACGGUUCGCUGCUUUAUGCGAGUUGAACCGGGACUGAGAGAAAUAAUUUAACUCUCUGCUAUUAUUUUAGUUGGAUUAUCAACAAUACAUCGCUGCUUUCCUCUGUGAGAUAGACUCUCAGAGACCUCCUCUUGAGGAUUUUUAAAACAGUGUCACCUUAUCGCUGGUGGUCUUUACACUGUGUAACAUCAACGGAGGAAAUUAAAGCCCGUUAUGUUCAAUCCGCACAUCCACCAGCAGCAGCAGCAGCAGCAACAACAGCAACAAUUUCACCAACACCUGCGGCAGCUACAACAACUUUUCCAGCAGCAGCCUCCGCCUCCCCCUCCGCCACAGCCGCCUCCUCGGCAUCAUGUCGCCCAUCACCACCACCAGGCACAGCGAUCCCUUCCUGGCGCUCAGCAGUCAGCCCCUCCUCCCAGGAUGGUCAACAUGUGCCAGGGGUCCAUGGCCCCCAAUCCCAUGCUGCAGGGGGCCCUACUGAUGCAGCAGAUGCAGGGUAGCAUGCGGGGCUUUGGGAUGGCUGGACAGCAGUUCCGUCAGUUCUUCACUGCCGGGUCCAGGAACUCUCUGCUCGGCCCGGUCCCCAUGGGCAUGGCCAUGAAGUCCCCCAUGAUGGGUUACCCAGCUGCCCGACAGUACCACCAGCACGCUCGCUACUACAACAACAACAACAACACCCCCACCACAGCCUCUUCGUCCUUCUCCUCCUCCUCCUCCUCCUCUUCCACCACUACUGCAGACGCUGCAGCCCGUCAGCCUGACAGGAAGAGGGACAGCGAACAGAUGGCCUCAGGGAGCACAGACGACCAACCAGCAGCUAGCAGUACCAAUGAAGCCGGGGACAAGACUGAAACAGGGGACAAGACUGAAACAGAUGGUGCCGUGGGAGAAGUGGAUGAACCAACGCAGUCGUCUGAGGAGCAACUUGAAGAACCUGUAGUGAAGAAGCAGAGGACAGAUGGGUCAGAGAAUCCCAAGGAGCACUGUGCUGUUGAGACGAUCACCAUCGCAGAUACAGAUGGGGAUCUUCUGUUUUCAGAGACUAACAGCAACACAGAGGACAGCCAGCCUGGAGACUGCAUCCUUAUGGAGGAAGCAGGCUCCCCUGGGGGGUCGGAUGUUGUUGAGGCACUGGAGGAGAGCAGAGCUACUGAGGAGCAAAGCCAUUUGUCAGCUACGUCCCCAUCGGGCAGGCUGAGUGAAGAGGACCAGCAGGGGGAUUUCCUCUCAGAGGGGAAAGACGCCUCUUUAGCUUCAGCAGACAACCAGGAGGAAGAGGAGGGUGUAGCGGAUGGCACCAAUAAGUUCUACUGCUACCUCUGCAGCAUUACCUGCCACAACCAGCAAAACUUCAAGAGUCAUAUGAACAGUGUUUCGCACCAGCAGAGGAUGAUGGAGAUCCAACACAUGAGCAAUGCCUGCCUGGUCACCCUGAUGCCACGAGUGCACGAGUCCCUACAGGAAGCAAUUAAAGACGGAGAGAAGAAGUCUGACUUGAAGCAUUGGUGUGCCACCUGUCACACCCACUUCACCAGUAGCCUCACAGAGCACCGUCGCACCGAGGAACACAAACUUGCCAGCAGAGCCGUCAUCUCCUCCUGCACUGUCUGCAAGAAACGUUUCAGGACCUCCCAGAUCUUUGUGGAGCACCUGCGGUCUCAGGAUCACAGACGGAAAGUGGAGGAGCUUCAGGAACAGGAGGGCUGCGAGGCCUUAGGCAAGCUGACGGAGCUGGACACAGAGGGCUUCUCAUUGGAGGAGGUGGAGGGCGAGGAGGUGGAGGAGGUGGAGGAGGAGGAAGAGGAUAAACAGAUGAACGAACAGGAUGACUGUUCCUCCGUUAAAGAAGUGACUCUGAAGGACAUGGCCAGUGACGAGCAGUAUGACGCUGACACAGUCUAUGGGUCCAGUUUCUUUGUUCCAGUCGCAGGUUUUAUCUGCAGACUCUGCAACAAGUUCUACCACUUUGAAUCCUCUGCCCUGCACACCCACUGCAAAUCAAUGCAGCACUUUGAGAAGCUCAAGAGGUACCGAGAUUUGAAGAGCGACGCUGUUGAAUCUUCCAGAGAGUGUCUCCCCGCUGCAGACAGCCUCAGGCCUCCUGUGACCGAGACCCCCACAGACUGUUCUGUGGAAACCUCCCCCCCUGAGGAAAACUCUGUUUUACUGACAAAUCCAGAAACCCAGCAACAGGAGGAGGAAGAAGCAGAACCAACCUCACAGGACUUUGUCAGCACCUCAGCCACCAGCACUGACAGCACAGACCAAGAGCUCCGCCUCCAACUGAAAGAAGAAGAGACAACGAAUGAAGAAGAGACAACGAAUGAAGAAGAGACAACGAAAGAAGAGACGACAACGAAUGAAGAAGAGACAUCCCAGGACUCUGUAGAUAUGGAGGGGCCAGCUGAGCCUCCUGCUGCCAGUGGAGAGGAGCCAAAUGCUAUUAAAGAAGAAGAGGAGGAGGAGAAGGAGGAGGAGGAGAAGGAGGAGGAAGAGGAGGAGGAAGAGAAGGAGGUUCCUGCUGUCCCAGGGAAAAAGAAGGCAAAGGCUAAACCCAAACGCAAGUCGGGGAGGGCCACAAACAGACGCUGAGUCAGAGAGGAGGUGGGGAAAGAGUGGAACCUGGCAGAAAUGUAACUUGAUACUGACCGGAUGUGUCCGUAUGUGAUGAGGUGCUUUCAUGAAACUGAGACCAAGGUGUGAGCAGCCCCGCUUCUCUCCAUGUCGGAAAGUGUGAAUUGACCACACACAUGUAGGAAGAUUGAUAAUACAUCAUGGUGGAACAUGACUUCCCAUGUGAUGCUCUCCCGGGGUGGGAAAUUAACACCUGACAGCUAUAGCAUACAUGUUAAACCAGUGGGUAAGUGUCCAAAUGUUGGCCUGCGGUCAAAGAAUGAUGUCGUAUCAUCUCUAGCCUCACCACUACAUUACAGCAAUACACAUUAGGUCAUUGUAGUUCAGAUCAAACUGUUUUCCUUAUAAAGAGAAGCUUCUUAUAUUGGGUACCCACUAUCAACUCGAUACACAUUCUGUCCCAAUUUCUUCCUUCUUACUAAAAUCAAAGCAUUUUUCGGCAUGUUUAUUGCAAUGUGUAGUUAACUCAAAAAGUCACUUGCACACAGGUGGUAAAAAAAAAGAAAGACGCUUUGUGAACCCCCCAAGUAAACUAAAAGUGUAUUUAAAUUGUAGUAACUUUAGCGGCCCCUUAAUUUCAUCUCGCUCCAUCAUCAGGUACAAAUCUUAUCUUGUGUAAAAUGUUAUUUAUGACCAUUUACCAUAUGUCUUCAGCUGAAGUACAACCACACAGAGCCACAAGGGAACUAUACUGCAAAUAAUUGACUGUUAACAAGUAGAAUGGGAUUGAGACACUGAUAAAAACGUAUAGUAUACACACGUAUACAGUUUUUUUUAUGUAAAGUAUUACAUGCAUUUCCCAAACAAGGAGAUCUGCAUUUGACAUCUGCUUAAAAGAGCAAUUACCCCGUCUUUCAGAACUAUUUAUUAAAAUCUCAGUAAUAGCUUAUGACCCCUAAAUAAAGAGCAUCUAGGCUUUUUAUAAUUAUGCUGCGUUCAAGAAACCAAAUAGGCCGGUAGUCCCUCCAAAAAGUUAAUUUCCCACCCUGCUGUCCUCAAGGAUCAGGAUAUUGUUUUUGCUCAUUAUUAAGCUAGCUAGAAGAGUGAUUGUUAUUUUUAAUAUAACGUACAAGUGGAGACAUUUUCAACAAUGGCACAUGCUUAUAGAGAGCUGAAAGGAGAAUGUAAGCAAUGUAAGUGUUUGGGCGAAUAACGUCUUUUGUUUUUCAAACUAAAGUGUUAAACAGGGUACUUUUAGAUGGAGUGUUGAGACAUGUUGAACCUUGAAUCUGAUCAAAGCUUUGUUCAGGGCAUUUUAGUAUCGUUUUGGGGGGAGCAGGGGGUCCAGUUUAUUUCAUGUUAUUUUUUUCACAAUGAAGUGUUUAAAAUGUGUUGGGAUUCAACAGGCUCUAAACUAAGAAUCCACACAAGUCUGCACUAUCUGCUCAUUUGGAUAUUUGAAAGCUCGUCGGUUUAGACAUGUAUAUGCUGCUGGGUAUUAAAGAUUGACCCACAAAUCAGUCUUCUAACUCAUAAUUCAUAACGAUAAAAGCGUAGAAUGGAUAGUAAAGUGUGCCUGCAUUCAGAAAAAAAGUGUUUUCCAUUGUCUUACAAUGCUGUUAGUGGUAGUUGCUCAUUUUCCUCUAAUUUAUCAUUGCAUUGAUUUUCUAAGAUAUUUGUGUUUGCUAUACACUGGACAGAAGGAACCACAGUUAUUGUGAGGAGGAAAGUGUUUCUAUUUUAACAAACUAACUGAGUAGCAGUCACACAGUAGACCAUCCUAUGAUCAUACAAAUGUGUAACUUUGGUUCCAGCAUUUCAGCAGUCACAAGGUUUGGGGACUAGUGUGACGUUCUGGAAACAUUUCAUCGUCCACAUCUGAGAAGGAUAUUUUGAAGCACACAAGUGGUUUGCUGACGCAUGUAGCAACUAUUGUAGUCUUGGUGGCGACUGUCACAUGCAGGGGCGCCGUAAGGGGGUGAAAAGUUAGGACGAUUCUAAGGGCCCGUGACUGACGGGGGCCCAAACAAUUUUAGAACAUUAAGAAAUAAAUGUUUAAGUAACCAAUGUGAUUAUCUUUUCAUGGGGCCCAAAAUCCCUGGCGGCGCCCCUGGUCACAUGACACGUACUUAUGAUGAAGACGUGAAGCUCAGAACAGAAGAGAGAAAAGGACAUGUAAAAGAUAAUUUCAGACAAAGCUGUAUGUUUCUUAUUGUAUUUUUAUUCAGCUACUGACUAAAUGGAGGUGAAUAAACGGGAUGUUUUCUAACUGCUGGAAGUUAUGGAUUUGGGGAUUUUUGUUUUCUGUUGGGGGGGUUCAUUUUAAUUUAUAUUAAAAUGUCUGACAAUU